CAUUGACAGCACGAAAAGCGCGGCAGGGGUGUAUGUUUAUCUUGUUUCAUGUUUACUUAUUUUAUUAAUUAUUUUUAAAAUACAAUGCGUAAAACACUGAGCUUAAAAAAGACGCAGUCACAAUCAUCUAAUCAAUCGCAAAAACAGAAAUCUAUUACUCAUUUUUUUACUAAAAAUAAUUGUCAGUCUACCAACAAAGAAACAACAAUAUCACAAGAUGCCCAAACUUCUAGACUGACCACAAAAAGGAAGGCUAAUUCGCCUGUUCAAGUAGACACUCACAAGUUGAUAAAUGUACCAAAUAAAGUUACAGUCAAAUAUGAGCAAACAGGAGAGCAGGUAUUUAAGAAAAUUAAGGCAAAUUCUCCUUGUAAAAUCACUUGUAAAUCACCUCAAAAGCAGAAUAAUAAUGAAAAUAAGGGAGUAAAUCAAGCUAAAUCUAUAUUAAAAACGUAUACAACUGAUACAGAAAAUAAACGAUUACCACUUAGUCCCAAAAAGUUAGAAAAUGAUAAUUGUACUAAAAAUAAGGUAACAAAUCAUAUAAAUGGAAAUCAUGAAAUGGUCACAGAGAAUAUAUUUACACCUAAAAAACAAAUCAUUGUUAGUGAGGAUUUUGGUGUUAAUGGGAAGAGGAGUAGUAAGACACCUGAAAGGAGUCCUUUGGAAGCAUUUUGUAAAUCCCCUCAUAUUAGAAAACUACUGACCCCUGAAAAAUUUAGUCACAUAGAAGUGUCGCCAUCUAAAUCAGGGUCAACUAUAAAAUCACUGGAGUUUUGUGAACAAGAUGUCGGGGACAUGUUUGGUGAGGAAUGGGACGUUGGUGAAAUGGAGGACACCCAAGAGGACCUGGAUCUUACAAUUAUUCAGCGCUGUGAAGUUUUAUCAGUAAAACGCCAUGUGAAUAGGCUAGACAUCAGAUUAAAAAACAGCAACAACAACAAAGGCACUUGUUUUGUUGAAGGCAUUUGGCUUGACACACCAUUAUCACCAGGCGAAAUAGUAAGUGUGCUGGCUUGUAGGAAUUCCUCUAAUCAGUUUUAUGUGGGUAACACUUCAGGACUGCUAGUGCUGCGGCCGGAUCACCUGAUAUCCAGCACUAGUGUCGUCAGUGGAGUGUUUUGUAAACGCAAAGCCAUUUUACAAGAACAGUGGAAGGGCAUAGACUGUGCCAAUACAGCUAUGACAGUAGGUAUACUUAUUCACGAGUUAGUACAAAAAGCUCUAACUCAACAAAUAAUGGAUGAAAAACAGUUGAGUUAUGAAGCAGAUCUAAUAAUCAAGGAAUCAUUGCAAAGGCUAUAUGAUGCUGGAAUAACUGAAGAAGAAGCCCGGUCUAAUAUACAAAUUUAUAUCACUCCAUUAUCAGAAUUUAUGAUUAAUUAUGUCGGAGUUUCUCCUCCUACAGUGGUUCGACAACAACCACAAAAAGAUAAAUGGAAUGGGCACAUAGAUAAGAUUUUGGAUAUAGAAGAAAAUUUAUGUUGUCCACAAUUGGGUUUGAAAGGAAAAAUCGAUGCCACAUUGCAAGUAACCAUUCACGACAGGAAAGGUCGAGAGAAAGCUAUAGUUCCGCUGGAACUGAAAAGCGGUAAAGCCUCAGUAUCGGCCGAGCACCGCGGCCAAGUGGUGCUGUACGGCAUGAUGCUCAGUCUGCAGCGGGACGAGGACCCAACUACCAGUCUGCAGCGAGGGUUGCUGCUUUAUCUAAAGGAACGCGUGGAGUUACGUGAAGUAAGCUGCGGGUACCCCGAGCGGCGAGACCUCAUCAUGCUUCGGAACCAACUCGUACAACAUUUGUCUACCACUCUCACAGAUGGCGACACAGAACAAAUAGGUGACAUCGAGGAAGCGUCGUCUCUCCUCCAGCAGAAGUUGCCCGAUCCUAUACAUCAUGAGAAUGCCUGCUCCAAGUGCCCUUAUCUCACUCUCUGUUCACUGCAUUUGUGGCACUGUGACGGACCAACGGUAUCGGAAACGCAUCCACUAUCAAAACUACGGGACAUUGCACUGGGUCACCUUUCAUUAGAUCACAUAAAGUAUUUCAAGCAAUGGACAGCAUUGUUGAGGAUAGAGGAGGGAGCCCAGCACUCGACUGCGCCAUUGCAUUCCCUGUGGACUGACAGCCCUGAGAAGAGAUCUAAGCGGGGCAGUUGCGCACCAAAUCUAACAUUGAAGUCGGUUGUUGGAUCAGAGGAUAGAUACUUACAUAUUUUUCAACGCAGCGAGGAACAUACGGACAGAAAAGGACCUCAAGAAGGUGAAUUUUCUAUAGUGAGCCUCGACAAUCGACCGUGGAUUGCUGCUGGUGUUGUAACAGUAGCCAAUGAAAACGAAAUGCACAUACUCUUGGAGAGAGAUGUAAGUCGGCGAAUGGACAAAAGCACAAAAUUCCAUAUAGACACAUACGAGUCAUAUGCAACAGUCGUUAACAAUUUGACCAACCUUGGAGUGCUGAUGGAAGACAGUGAUCGUGCUCUUACACUUAGGAAGUUGAUAAUAGACAAAGAAGAGCCUAAAUUCGACAAGAAGCUGCCCCGUGACGUGGGCCGCCUCGGCACCAAAUUGAUGCGGUCUUUGAAUAUUCAACAACAAAGAGCAGUUUUGAAGGCAUUAGCAGCUCAAAACUAUGCGUUAUUGCAAGGCUUGCCUGGUACAGGAAAAACCCAAACCAUCAGCGUGCUGAUACAAAUGUUGGUGGCCCUGAAACAACGGGUUCUUGUCACCGCGCACACACACUCCGCUGUGGACAAUGUACUAAGCAGGCUUCCAGAAUCCAUAUCAGUGAUGCGCCUCGGUUCUGCAGGCAGAGUGUCCCCCAGCGUUGCCAGCCGCUGUGAACAACGCCUGGCUGCCCACUGCCGCACUACACGCGAGUUGGAGGCGUUAUACGGCGCCAUGGAAGUAGUAGGCGUGACAUGUCUGGGAGCAGCCCAUGCAAUGCUGUCGCGUACGACAUUCGACGUCUGCAUUGUGGACGAGGCUACGCAGGUGUUGCAGUGCACAGUGCUGAGGCCGCUGUUCGCCGCCAAACGCUUCGUGUUGGUCGGCGAUCCUGAACAGCUGCCGCCCGUCGUCAGGAGUCGUGCAGCGAAGCGUCUCGGUAUGGAAGAGAGUUUGUUCCACCGGCUUAUGAGAGAAGAAGCCACUUCUACAUUACAGCUGCAGUACAGAAUGAACCAAGCUCUAGUGGACUUUGCUAAUGUAGUCUCAUAUAAAUCUCAACUCAAGUGCGCUGACGAAAAGAUUGCUGAAGCUAGGCUUAACAUUGAUGUACAGAAAAUAUCCUGUAAAUCAGAAUGGUUGUCACAAGCCUGCAGUCCCAAGCCCGAGUUGGCGGCCGUGUUCGUACACGUGCCGGCGAGCGGCGCCCGCGCGUGCGCCAACCAGACCGAGGGCUGUGUGGUGCUGGCCUUAGCUGAAGCAUUGAUCGAGGGUGGCGUCAAAUCUUCAGAUAUAGGAGUCAUAGCGCCGUACCGCGACCAAGUCGGCCUUCUUCGGCGGACUCUCAGCGUUUUCUCAGUAGAGGCCAGCACUGUCGACCAAUUCCAAGGGCGAGACAAGUCUGUUAUUAUAUACUCGUGUACCAGGAGCGAUGUUAGGGAAGACGCCUCUAAAGUUAAGGAAGGCGAAGUUCUGAACGACCAGCGUCGUUUAGCCGUCAGCGUGACUCGAGCGAAACAUAAGUUCAUAGUAGUAGGGAACUCCAAGGCGCUCAAAAGAUACGCGCCGUUACAGAGACUUAUACAAGCUAGUGUGCAAGUGCCUUUAAGUAAAGAAACCGUUAGUGAAAUAGAGGGUAGAUAUAGAAAAUUUGUUACAUAAUCAUGAAUUUAAUAAAUGUUAUAGAGAAGACUUAUAUAGAGAAUUCCAAAUUCCAAAUUAAAUGUUCCCAUAAAAUUGCGGACGUUCGUAAGUAAUGAUGACCGCUCACCUCGCGGAAGUUUAACCGACUUAGAAAACCGACUCAAUAAAAAGAAAUUACAGACUUAAAAAAUUGCCUGUUUUACUUUCCAUCUUUUUCAAAUUAAGCCAAUUUUUAUCAAGUAAAGGGUGAGUGGUUUUUCCGCGUUAGUUAUACUUCCACGGCUCGCUGUUUUAGGUGGGCCGUAUGCGUGUUUGUCAAACAAACUCGAACAAAAGAUCUACUGCAAAGUCAUGCAUAGCACUGUUCUCCUUGUGAUAAAGAGGGUAUUAUUAAAUAUUCUGUUAUAAAAUCUCAGAGUGGGUAAUUUAAUGUAACUUUUGUAAUACCUACCCUUCACAACCGUAAUGAGCCAUAUGGCUGUAUUAUUUUUGAGGGUAGACAUAAAACUGCGCCACUCACUUAAAACAUCACAUCGUGUUUGUAUUUGUAUUGUGUACAAGUUGGUCAAAAUGUUCGAACCAACUGAAUUCUCUCGACGAUUCAAUCGGUAAGUUUAAUGCAGGACACGCAAUAUCAAAUAUUAACUAUCAGUAUUUGUAUACACCAAUGCAUUUAGGUUGACUCAUGCAUUUCUCUCCUGCGAGAGACUAGACAUUUAGACGAAUAGCAUGCGGUAUAGAUUUUUGUAGUUCUGUUAUUUUUUUUUAAUGUCUUGUUUUAGAUUUUUAAGUUUGAUGUACUUAAACAUGUUGAAUUCUUAUCAUGUUUUCUGAUGUAGGUAGAAAAUUAUAAAUUGUGAACCUUAAAAAUAUUGUUUUUUAUCGAAAUAAAGUAUUUUCGAUGUCAAUUUGUAUAAUUGGGCAAGUAUUAUUUGCUUACCCUGUGCCAUCAUUCUCCUGGCAUUGCGUCCUCGGCUAUCUGGAAAGCAGCCGUAGGUCAGCUUGUAACGACGAUCCUGGUGUGGGUAAGUCAGGGUUUAGGUGGCCUGUGUUUUGCUAAAAGUUAAUACCAAGAGACUGACUUCUUAUCCGCUCAUUAUUACAAGAAGGUAAAUUAAUUUCUGCUCCGAAGAUAUUGUCAACUUAGUAUUUUUUGGUCAAUACGU